AUGGCUCAUCCUUAUCAAGACGAUAACAGGAAUUAUUCCGGCUCGUCGCGCCGGGCAUAUCCUCCUCAAGAUUAUGGCCGCAUGUAUGACGACGGCUUGUAUGACGAUCGCUCACGUUCGCGCUCGCCUGGCGACCACUCCCGUUCGCCUUUAAGAAACCCUACAGAUCGCAGACACGACUACCCCAGGGAUCCGGACCCAAGGUCUCGCUACAGAAACCGAGAUCAAGAUGAUUAUAGACGCCGAUCAUCAAGAUCGCCACCUUCACGCCGAGGCAGACAGUCAUAUCAGGAUCGUGACAGAGAAGGCUACCGCUCGCCUGGCUAUAGCCGCAGCCGCAGCCCGAGUCGCAAAGGUCGCUCUCACUAUGGCCAAGAGAGUCGCGAGAUCAUGUUAGAAGGAUUUCCAGUGGAUAUGACAGAAGAUGAUAUUGGACAGGAACUCCAUGAUGCAUACCAUCUUAGUGAUCUCGACGAUAUUCGGGUCAUUCGGGAUAGACAAACAAAGGUGUCCCGACAGCUUGGGUUUCUUCGAUUCAAGACAGUGGAGGAUUCAAAAGAAUUUUUGGAACAGAAUCACCCUUUCAUUCAUCUAUAUGGCCCGACCGGUGAACGGAGCACAAAAGUUCGCAUCGCAUAUAGCAAAGAAAGAGAGGACCGAGCUCGCGUAAAAGCCGAGGGUGACUGGACUUGCAGAAUGUGUGCGGUAGUCAACUUUUCAACUCGUGGAAAAUGUUUUCGAUGCAAUGCACCUCGACCUGAACUUCCCCCUCCCAGUGCUCCUGGAGCUCCCGCAGCAAAGGUCGUGAACAACGGCGACAAUGAUGCCGCUCCUGAAAACCAGCCAUCUCAAUUCCUGCUCUUUAGAGGACUUGAAUCAUCAGUGACCGAGGAGCUUCUUGUCAAAGGCGUUGCAAAGCUAUAUCGACCAAUCGGUGGUAACGAGACUGGCUCGACCAAUCAGAAAAAAGGGAAAGUGGCAUCAACAACCGGAGAUGCCAAUCUCGGAGCUCGCGACGGCUCUAUCAGACGUGUGCUGCUUGUUCGUGAUCGAAGAACAAACGAGAGCUGGCGUUAUGGCUUUGCUGAAUUUGCUAGUGCCAUGGAUGCCCAAGAUGCAAUGAAACGUCUGUAUUCUUUCGACAAAUUCACAAUCUCCUCCCGGCAGGUGAUGGUCAGCUACAUCCACGCGGGCGUAUUUGUGCCGGUUCUGGAUCCGUCGGCCGCUUCGAGUCAUUUCACCUUCAGCCCACUCAACAAUGCUUCCUUAAAGCUUAUGUACUGGGACGACGAUGCGUAUGUCACUGAACUUGUGGUCUCUAGCGAAGAAGAAACUCGAUCCAGUCAACCCAAGAGCGAAAAGCCUAUUGCAGGUCAACCAGAUGCGCAUAGCAAGGCAGUUAAGGAUAACGAUAAGGCCAAGAAGCGAAAGGCCGACGCCACAGCCAACGAAAAGGCGAAGAAGAUGGCUAUGCCAUCACAUUUGCAGUUUUGGAGUAACCGCCACGCCGAACUUCACGGUAUCUCUGAAGGCGAUGGAAAUCUUCCAGAUGCUGGAUUGGAGCAGGGCAAUCUCCCUGAUGCAGACGCGCCGCCUGCCCAGUCAUAUGCUGAUCUCAAUCGAAACUGUUGUUAUUUAUGCAUGCGCCAGUUCAAAAGUACAGCUAAUGUCAACCGACAUGAACGACUUAGUGACCUCCACCGGGGAAAUUUACAGAAAGAAGAAUGCAGAACUCGUGGAAUGGCAAAGUUAAUCAAACACGGAAUCGUUCCACCAUCUGCAGAGUAUCGGGAUCGCGCAAGAGAACGUCGCCAAGCAUUUGGUCGAGGCAAGGCCGGGGCGCGACCUAAACCAACUGCACCAAAGCAAGAGGACGAGCCUCCAGUGCAGACAAAUUCCAAGGGUGCCUCUCUUCUCAGCAAAAUGGGCUGGUCAGAGGGUACCGGGUUGGGUGCCCAAGGCACUGGAGUUACAGCUCCAAUUGCUACGGAGAUUUAUGCACAAGGUGUUGGGCUAGGCGCACAAGGAAGCAAGAUAGGCGAUGCGGUGGAAGAGGCCGGACGGAAUACUCGUGGUCGAUACGACGAGUUCCUCCAAAAAACAAAAGAUACUGCUCGCCAACGUUACGAUCAGAUGAACCGGUAA